CCUUUCAGUUUCCUCGUUGCUGCAUUCUUUUCCACAUUAAUUUUCACUUAUAAUUUAUUUGCUCCAUUUGUUGUCCAUGGUAUAACCACAAGAUUUCUGGAAUCCUGAUAGUAUUAGGAUACCAUUAUUCAUUUUAGAUGCUUUCUCAGUGUCUCUGUUAUUUAUUUUGGGCCAAGAAUGGAAUGUGUGAUUGUUGUGGUUUGGAGUGCCCCGAGGAACCUUCUCACUGAACUCCUCAAGGCCCCUCGGUGACUUAAAUAGGAGCUCUUUUACAGGUGUAGUUCUUGGUGGAGAUCAAGUUUUCUAAGUUGCAGAAUUUGAAAAAGGGAAAAAAAGGGUGCAAUCUUUGUAUCAUUGCUAUGACAUCAUCAGUUAUUUUCCGGGUGUCGCCUUAUUUGGCAUUGAAUUCGCAAUUUAGGCCUCGGUGUAGAUUGCAAGCGAAGAGUUCAGUUGGUGGUGACUCAACAGUGUCAUCAUCCCCUGAAUCGGUUGUGUUGAAUGGAGCUCCUCCUAUGGAGGAGAGAGAGAAAGUUGGUCCUUUGACUGGAGGAAAUGAAUAUGCAGUUUCGAAGAUUGAGGUGGUUGAGAAGAAGAAGAAGGUGGAAAAAGAAGCCAAGGAAAGCUUGGCGGUGUUGUGGGAUGAUGCGUAUCGAACUAAGAGUGUGAAGGAUUAUCUUGAGUUAGCAAGGUUUAUGAUUAGGCCUGAUGGAGGUCCGCCCCGUUGGUUUUGCCCUGUUGAGUGUGGACAUCCCUUAAAUGAUUCUCCAGUUCUUUUGUUUUUGCCCGGACUUGAUGGCACUGGAUUGGGUCUCAUCUUGCACCAUGAAGCACUGGGGAGGGCUUUCGAAGUUCGAAGCUUGCAUAUCCCUGUUUAUGAUCGGACUCCAUUCGAAGAUCUGGUGACUUUUGUCGAGAAAACUGUUAAAGCUGAGUAUGACUCAUCCCCACAUAAGCCCAUUUAUCUUGUUGGAGAUUCCUUUGGAGGAUGCCUGGCACUUGCUGUGGCUGCUCGUAAUCCUACCAUUGACCUGGUAGUCUUAUUAGUGAAUCCAGCUACGUCAUUUGGCCGUUCACAGCUGCAGCCACUGUUACCUUUACUGGAAGCUAUGCCUGAUGGACUCCAUUUCACAGUCCCCUAUCUUCUAAGCUUCAUUAUGGGUGACCCAGUGAAGAUGGCAACAAUCAAUAUUGAUAAUAUGCUUCCCCCGAGGGUGGCACUUGAACAAUUGUCUACCAACCUCACUUCUUUGCUGCCUCGUCUCUCAGGUUUGGCUGAUAUAAUACCCAGGGAAACUCUUCUUUGGAAACUGAAGUUGCUUAAAUCAGCUGCCUCUUAUGCUAAUUCUCGUCUUCAUGCUGUCAAAGCCGAAGUGCUAGUCCUUGCCAGCGGCAAGGAUAACAUGCUUCCUAGUCAUGAUGAAGCCCGAAGGCUUACAAACUCAUUGAAGAACUGCAGAGUUCGUUACUUCAAAGAUAAUGGACAUACACUUCUAUUGGAAGAUGGUAUUAAUUUGCUGACCAUCAUCAAAGGUACCCACACGUACCGUCGAAGGAGGAGGCAUGAUUAUGUCUUGGAUUUCCUGCCUCCCAGUAUGUCAGAAUACAAAACAGCAUUCAAUCAAGUAGUUGGACUAGUUCGCACUGCUUCUAGCUCGGUAUUAUUCUCGACUUUGGAAGAUGGGAAGAUAGUGAGAGGUCUUUCAGGGGUUCCUUCUGAAGGGCCGGUGUUGUUAGUCGGUUAUCACAUGCUGAUGGGCCUUGAGCUGUUUUCACUUGUUGAAGAAUUCUUGAGAGAGAAGAACAUUAUUGUGCGUGGGAUAGCUCAUCCGAUGUUGUUCUCCAGCAAAACUGAAGAUUUAUCUUCUGAAUUUGGUCUAAUUGAUUGGGUAAAAGUAUUUGGAGCAGUUCCUGUGGCCGGAAGCAACCUCUUUAAGUUGUUGUCAACCAAAUCUCAUGUUGUACUUUAUCCUGGUGGUGCACGCGAGGCUAAUCAUAACAAGGGUGAAGAAUACAAGUUGUUCUGGCCAGACCAACCGGAAUUUGUGAGAAUGGCUGCACGGUUUGGCGCCACGAUAGUACCAUUUGGAACCGUGGGAGAGGAUGACAUCACAAAUAUGAUACUUGAUAAUAAUGAAGUGAUGAAGAUUCCAUUUGUCGGCGACUACAUCAAAAAAUAUAGUCGCGACAACAUACGAGUGAGGGAGAAUGAAGCAGUUUCAGUUCCAGUGCUUUUGCCAAGGAUACCUGGCCGCUUCUACUAUCUGUUUGGGAAGCCCAUAGAGACAAGGGGGAGAUAUGAAUCACUGAAGGACAGAGAAAAUGCAAACGAGUUGUACUUGCAGGUAAAAUCUGGAGUGGAAAACUGCAUCGCAUAUUUGCUCAAGAAGCGAGAGGAGGAUCCUUAUCGAAAUAUAGUCGAUAGAACCGUACAUAGAGCAUUACAUUCUCCUUUACACGAAAUUCCAACAUUUGAGCCCUGAUAAUGCUUGGUGGUUGUCCAAAUAUUUUUGGCCUUACGUAUUUUAUUUAGAGUGACAAACAUUUGUAAACACCAUUCGUGUGUAUCUAAUUUCCAGUUCGGUUCUUAUUCGAGAGUAACUCCUGAGCUGAGUUGCUGAUUAUAAUCUA